CGCGGGCUCAAACAUGAGUGCAGCUGGAGCUGGGCUAGCGGCACCUGUGUCAAAGCCGGGCAAGUGCGAACGCAUACUGUGGCUAGGAAAGGUUAGGCAUGUCGUACGGCACGAGUGGAGACUACACAAGGGUAGCGGAGAGGUGUUGUUGACGACGACUCUCGUCGACAAGAAGAACCCCAACAGGUCUUCCAACAAGCGCCAGGUCUAUGUUGAGAAUACCGAAGAAAGUAUAACCUCAAAAGCCUUAGAGAUGGCUCGCAUCGUUCUCAAGAACAAGCGCGAAAAGUGGGAGAAGGCUCAAGGGCAUUCGGGGGGCAGCAGCAGCGGUGGUGGCCCUAGGAGGAAUGCCGACAGAGAGGUAGCAGACCCCGUCAUGGCGGCUUUGCGAGGAGGUGGCAGGACCCGAUCCAGGGUGGUGACAAUUCAGCCAGCUGAGCCGACGGCGCCGGUCGACUGGCGCCAGCAGUGUACGGAAACGUUUCUCGCGUCCAUGGACAGCAUGGGGUAUGACAACGCGCUGAAACACUUGGAAGAAAUCGUCUCGACGUUUGCGAAGGACGCCCGUAAACGCUUGCGAGAGUUGGAAGACAAGGUCAGCACAGCAGUUUCGUUGGAGCGAGCAAUCGAGCAGGCACGAAAGCAACGUAGAACCAAGGAGGGAAGCCGCACGUUGCAAACGAUCCUCACCGCUGCGGCCAUUCCUGGGGACGGCGUAGACGAGGUUCCAUCGUUGUCGGCAGCACGUCGGGCAAAGGCGCUUGGGGUUCGCGAGCACGCCUUCAACUCCGCGGUGGAGCGUGCCAAGAAUUUGUUGUCCGGUCUUCAUCCAACCGAGGCGAUAAAACGCGGUGUCUACUGGUUUUGGCCCCGAGCUAAGCAAAGCAAUGCCGCCAGCGAAGAGCUGCUGGAGUUGAUGAGGCAGUACUGGCACACGGAUGAGGUGUCACGCCAGCAUGGCAACUCAGCUGAGCGCGACAUGUGGAAGGCGAGUAAGUCUCCUACAGUUCACCGCCACCCUCGGCGGCAGCUCACCGAGCCGGGCGGGGGCGACGCGGUGUACGCCGAAUUUCUCAACUGGGCGUCUUACAGGAGCUUCAAGGAGCGACAGAGUGACGACUUCACUGACCCUGGCCGCACGCUCUUCCUCUCGACGCGGUGCAAGUGCCUGGUCCUCCCUGCUAUGGAGCAGUGCGCGUGCAAGAUCCACUCGCAGCAGGUGCUAUACAUCGAGGCCCUGGCCAAUGUCGACAUGACCAGCCACGGGGAAUGCCGGUGUCGAUGGUGCAAGGCAGAUGGCGGCAGCAGGUGGCGGGAAACUUGGAAGCACUUGGGCAUAUUUUCCGAUGCGAUUGCCCGCCCCAAGGUCAACUUGCGGGCAGCGGACCCGGAGGGUGACGGUUGGAUGGGGCGGAAACCAGAGUGCAACGCUUUGGACUGCGCGAAGUGUGGGUUCGGGGGGGAUGACGGCAUUCCCAUCUGCAGCAACCUAGAGAACUCCAAGCAGACGGUGGUGUGGAAGAUGUUCGAGAACGUGAUCACUGCGUCUGCAUCAGCAGAUGGAAAGAUCAAGGCCAAGAAGCUCGCCAACCAGGCCGUGCCGAAGGAGGGUAAGCUCUGCGAUCUUUGGUCGGCGUUCAAAGAGCACACCAAGCUGUACAUGGCUCACCACUCUGUCGCCAAGUGGCAAAGGCACUGCCACGGGCGUUGCUUGGAGACGUUUCAGGACGGUGAUCUUGUCAUCGAGACCGACUUUGCCGAGAAGGUGCACGUGACGGAAACAUGGAUCUUUGCAUCUGAAGAUAUGGCACAUGGCUGUGAUUUUNCAUCUGAAGACAUGGCGCAUGACUGCGAUUUUCACCUGCACGGCUUGGCCAGGAUGAAGGACUACUACCUGCGUGGAGAUGGGAGCGAAGCAACAGCUGCCGCCCGGAAAGAAGGCCGGACGCCCCGGAUUCACAUGUUCACGGAUGGAUGCGGGAAGCAGUACAAGGGAAGGCGGAAUUUCCGCUUCUUGGCCGACAGCGUGCGGCAAAUCGGCUUCUUCAUCGACCAUCACUUCGCGGCCGCAUCUCACUUCAAAGGUUGCCAUGAUGGGAUCGGCGGCGUGGCAAAGAACGCUAUGAAGAGGAGGGAGAGAUUUGGCAAGCGAAUCGUGGGGGCGGACGGGGUGGUCAGCUUUUUGCGAAGCUUCUUUCGGGAGAGAAGGCAGGCAGCGAGGGGGAGGAGGGUAUGCGGAAGUAUUUCGCGAAGUGGUCUCCGUACCGCAUGCGGAGGGUGCACGUCGAGUUUAUCGUCAAGGAGAUAUAUCGGCCAAACUCGGUCCUGGCAGGCAUAGAGGGUAUACGAGACAUGCACCACUUCGCGGGAGCAAACACUCCCAAGUGGGAUGGGUCCACCACGACCGAGGGACUCGAAAAUGACUGCAAGCUGGUACCUAAGCGCGAGGGGCGGGGUAGCUUGUCGAGUCAAGAGAAGAGCAAGUUGGUGGAAGUCAAGGUUUUGGGUGCAGUAGCGAGCAGAUGGAAGGGCAAGGGGGCUGGGUUACAGGAUCCGGUGUCGGGGGAGGAAGACGUGACUUGCAGAAAGGUGAAACGGACAUACAGGCUCAGGACUCGGUUGGCGUCGUGCUUGUGCCCGGCGUGCCAGCGUUGCGAGUAUGAGCAGUGCUACGUUAGCAAGACGUACCCACUUCUCUUUCCGGCAAUGCAGGAGGGCGAAGUGAAGGAAACGGUGAUCAUGGACACUGGAGUAGCGCCCGUAGACGAAGAUAACUCCCGGGGGAUCCAGUUCGGGAGUAGGAAGAAGGAAUGCAAGAUGAAGAGAAUUACUGGGACACAACGGCAGGAUUGCGAAUCUGCUGCUGCGUCAAAGAUUUGGGAAGAGCUUGGUAGAAAGGAAGAGCCCAAUAUUUUUGCCCGUUUCGGGAGGUGGGCUGGUUUUUAAGAGAUGUGCUUCUUGUAUUUGCUUGUGGAGCAGUAGGUGGGCUUCAAAGCCCAUUUGAGGUACAACUUGGGGGUGUGAG